AUGGUCACCAACAUCAACUAUGUGCAUAAUGAUGCGCCAGUGGCUCACAUUGUCAGACACCCUUCGAGCCCUCUUUGGCACAAGGCUCUAGAUCGGUACAAAGACGAGCUUGAAAGUAUUGAGGAGUUCCAGUCCAUCCAAGAAAUCCAGUCUUUAAGAGACCUCAUCAAUUCGGUCGAAACUCUCCAGACUGUUGCCCCUCGAAACCAUAUUGGCCUCGUGCCUCUGAACAGAUUGGCACCUCGGUUGAAAUUCAUCGAUGAUUUUUCCGCGGUUCUGGCCCUGUGCUUCGGGGCUGAUGCGGCGUUGACGGCCGCUGUAUGGGGAAGCAUUCGGCUCAUCCUCGGGCACGCCUCCUCAGCUGCUGAGACGUUCCAGGAUGUUCUCGAUAUGCUCGAAGAACUCAGCUUAACAUUGCCUCGCUUUCAGAUGUAUGAGAACACUCUUCCUCUGAACCAGUCUCUUCAAGCCGCUCUGGUCGAUGUCUACUCCGAAGUCAUUUGCUUUUACGCCCGUACUGUCCAUUUUCUCCGUGAUCAUCCACACCUGGUUCUCAGAAAGACUGAAUGGGCGGCUUUCAGGAAAGAUUACACAAGAACAAUCCUUCGCAUCAAAAGAAUAUCAUCCACUGUUGAAGCUCAAGCCGACUUAGCUCGCAUGCGGAAAGAUGAUGCCAAGUACAAGGAAGUCUUAGAGCUGAUGACUGGUCUCAAUGUUGGCGAAAGAGCGCAGGAGAAGUCGACAUCUUACAAUAAUAUUCCAUUUCUCAUGAACAACAAGUUCUGUGGCAGAGAUGAGAUUUUAUCGACUGUACACAACGAGCUUGGAUGUCAAACUUCAGGGUCGAGGCUAAGAUCCAUGGCACUUUUUGGCAUGGGCGGAGUUGGGAAAUCACAGAUUGCGAUGCAGUAUGCCUACCAUGCUAUGACCCAGUACGAUGUCAUUCUUUGGGUGGCGGCAGAUAAUUCGAUUGCGAUGGGGCAAAGCUUCCGGAACAUCGCUGAUGGCAUUCACCUCUGGGAUGAUGGCGAGGAGACAAAGGAUGCAACAGCCGCGAUCUGGAAAGUCAAGAAUUGGUUGAAGUCAACUGGUAAGCUAGCCGAGAUCUUGCUUUCAUCAAGCAUAAGAAACCUUCGGGACUGA